AUGGAAAAAAAUAAAAAGGAGAAAUCUCAGGGGCCUCGAUACAAAACGUCCCCUCCCCGCGACGGCCGUGUCAGAAUCGCCACGAGGUCUCCCGCAUCCCCUCGCCUCGAGAGAUCAAAACCCAUCGCUGCGGCGACUCACCGUCCCGGCGAUCACCGGAGAACCAGUAGCAGAAGGGCGCAGGGGCCCCUCCCGGCCGCGAAGAUGGAUGACGUGGACGUGUCGCGGCAGCUCAAGCAGAUGACUGACUUCAUCCGCCAGGAGGCCGUCGAGAAAGCCGCCGAGAUCGAGGCCGCCGCUGCCGAGGAAUUCCAAAUUGAGAAAUUGCAAUUGGUGGAGGCUGAAAAGAAGAAGAUGCGUCAGGAAUAUGAUCGGAAAGAGAAGCAAGUCGGUAUCAAGAAGAAAAUUGAUUACUCAAUGCAGCUCAAUGCUUCCCGAAUUAAAGUUCUGCAAGCUCAAGAUGACUUAGUAACAAAUAUGAUGGAAGCAACAAGAAAAGAACUACUGUACAUAAGCCGAGAUCACCAAACUUACAAGAAACUUCUCAGGAUACUUAUUGUUCAGAGUUUGCUGCGUCUGAAAGAGCCAGCUGUGGUUCUCCGCUGCAGGAAGGAGGAUCUUGAGCUUGUUGACUCAGUUUUGGAGUCAGCAAGGAAUGAGUAUGCAGAAAAAACAAAUGUAUAUCCUCCUGAAAUAGUUGUAGACCGCCAUGUCUAUCUGCCAUCUGCUCCCAGUCAUUAUGAGGCACAUGGCCUCUCCUGCUCCGGUGGAGUUGUACUAGCUUCCCGAGAUGGAAAGAUAGUCUGUGAAAACACAUUGGAUGCCAGACUACAAGUGGUUUUUAGAAAGAAGCUGCCGGAGAUCCGUCGAAGCCUUUUUGGGCAGGUAGCUGCGUAACCAAUUCCUGAAAGCACUCUUUGGUGUCUCCUGAUGAUCACCAAGAAACACUUUGGCAGCUCAAUAGUAAUUUAUCACAUUGUUCGGAUGUCACUUUUAUUUUAUUUUUGUAUGGAGGCGUUGUCAUCAGAUUCCAGACCUUCCAAUCCUGCACGAAGCAAAUAAGAGCAAAUAAACUGUGUUCAUAUUUGGGACGA